AUGCAUGAGGGUUUCUGCGGGACGGUGGUGGUGAGGAAGAACCAAAAGAGAUCAAGGAUUGGCGCCACGGUGACGUCAACAUCCAUCAGCAAACAACAGAGUACAGCAGCCUACAACAGCCUGCAACAAUCAACAGCAGCCCACAGCAUUCAAGCCAGCAGUCACGGGUCCAGGCACGUGUUCAGGCAGUGUCAUUGGUUACAUCCGUUCCUGUUCCCAGAGAUAGAAUCAUUUAUAGAGCGCGCGCAAGCGCAGAGUAGUGUAGGAAACCAAGUCACAGGACAAAUAGCAUCUCCUGUGUCAUCACAAUCACCCGCCGCUGUAAAAUUGCCAACAAUACAACUGCCAACAUUUGACGGCAAUUACAGCGGUUGGAUUAGAUUUAGAGAUACGUUCUCCAGCUUAGUUCACGAGAGCGAACUAUCAGAUGUGCAAAAAUUUCAUUAUUUAAAUUCUGCAUUAAAGGGCCCAGCCGCACGGGUCAUUCAGUCCCUCGGAGUAUCUGAUUCAAAUUAUCACCUUGCAUGGGAUGCCUUAAAAUCUCGUUAUGAAAAUGCAGCGGCAUUGAGAAAACAUCACGUAACAACACUGUUAGAUAUGUCAACGAUUCAGAAACAGUCUCCAACGGCUCUCAGAGAAUUAGUUGACGACGCGCGAAAUCAUUUAGCAGCAUUGAAAUCAUUAAAUGAACCAGUAGGUUCAUGGGAUAGUUUGAUUGUUCCGAUUUUGUGUAGAAAGUUAGAUGGAGCUUCGUUAAGGGAAUGGGAAAAAGGGGCAACAAGCUCAGAGAAAAUUACCUUUAAUAAGUUCGCCACAUUUUUGGAGGAACGGUUCUCGUAUUUAGAAAACAUAAUUUCACAAAGACAGGUAGCCGCAGUAAAGACUGAACCUCCUACAGGGCUUCCAGGCCACCGUGUGCAGGCUUGUACACGCAAACACUGCGAUCUAUGUGGUAAAAAGCACCACAUAUUGUUGCACCGUGUACUAGCUCCGCGUUCAAACGCAACCAUAACCGAAGAGUCGGGUCCAUCCCAACCCAAUACGACAAUAGCCUGCGUCGCACACUCUGAAAAAUGUAUGGUGGAACAAAGCAUAUUAUCCACUGCAGUCGUUUAUGUAGAGGACAGACAGGGACAAAGGGUACCAUGUCGAACCUUAUUAGAUUCAGGAUCUCAGUCAAAUUUCAUCACGUAUAAUCUGUGUAAAAAACUGGGCAUUAAGUACGAACCCACCGACGUGCAGGUAUCAGGUUUAGCUGGAAAAUCAAGUGCGAUCAAGGAUAGGGUCAACGUAAGAAUAGCAUCUAGAGUUAAUAAUUUCAGCGCAAACAUAUCAUGUCUAGCGGAUCCGGACUUUAACAAAAGCCGACCAAUCGACAUGCUAAUAGGCGUCGGCCUAUUUUGGCACCUGCUGUGUGUCGGGCAACACAACGCAGGUAGUGAAUUACUCUGGCAGAAAACGCAGCUGGGGUGGGUUCUAGGAGGAAAAAUUAGUUGGCCUAUUAAUGAAAAAAUUCAGCGAUGCCACCUUGUCACGAAUCAGGAUUUAUACAGCCUAAUGGAGCGAUUCUGGCAAGUAGAAGAAGUCGAAGUAGGGACCGGGGAAGAGAUAGAUGAAUGCGAAGCAUUUUUUAGAGCCACGACGCGUCGCGACAAAACCGGAAGGUACAUAGUACAAAUACCCUUUAAUAGUCAGGUAGAGCGUGUGGGAACAUCGCGACAACAGGCAGAAAAUAGAUUUAAAUCGAUUGAAAGGAAACUAAGUAAACAACCUCAAUUACGCGAACAAUAUGUUCAAUUUAUGAAAGAGUAUGAGGCCUUAGGACAUAUGACGCGAAUCUCAACCUCAAUAGUAGAAGAACCAGCAGCAAAUUUUUACUUUCCUCAUCAUGCCGUAAUCAGAGAAGAUAGUACGACAACGAAACUUCGUGUCGUAUUUGACGGUUCGGCGAAAUCUAGUACGGGUGUAUCAUUGAACGACACUCAGAAAGUCGGUCCGACCGUGCUGAAAUUAGAGGAGACUAAGAGAAAUUUGUCGACCAUUUUACAAAAGACAGGGUUACAAUUAAGAAAAUGGGUUACAAAUUGCCCAGAGUUUGAAAAACAGUCGUCCGAAUCGCAAGAUAAAAAGUUGAGUGCAGAUAGCGAAUCGAAGAUACUCGGGUUGCAUUGGUCGGCGAAAAAGGAUGAAUUGUAUUUUAAAGUGGCGCCAUCCCCACACAAUAGAAUCACGAAGCGGACAAUUUUAUCGGAAAUAGCUCAAAUAUUCGAUCCAUUGGGAUUAGUUGGUCCUGCCAUCACGGGAGCAAAAUUAAUAAUGCAACAGUUCUGGCAAUCAAAAACAGAUGCCUCCGAAAGGGCGUACGGGGCUUGCGUUUACCUGCGGGCGAAGAAGGGUUCAGACAAUCCUGCAGAUUUAGCAGAGGAAUCAGAACAAUGGCCACAGUCAAUGGAAGAAAGGAUCGCGAUUCCGGAAGAAAGGGCAAAGCCCAUAGUAGUAGCUACGGUAACCUCCGAUAUUAAUGAAGGUCUUUGUCAGAGUAUUGUUUCCGACAACGGAACAAAUUUUGUAGGAGCAAAAAAUAGAUUUUCCGAAUUAGAUGAAUUAAUAAAAAGCGAAAAACACAAUUCACAAAUUGCUAAGUUUUUAAGUGAAAAACAGAUACAGUGGCACCUCAUACCUCCUCAAGCACCACACUUUGGAGGUCUUUGGGAAAGUGCCGUUAGAGUAACCAAACAUCACCUUAAUCGAGUCAUAGGGGAACAAAGCUUAACGCUACUCACUGUCCUUUUGGCAGUCACUCACUGA